AUGGGUGGUAUUCCUCAUUUAUUCAAUACCUUUAUUUUAUUUCUCUUAACAAUUUCUUCUCUUUGUUUUGGACGACAUAAACAUUUUCAUUCUCGAGUACCAAUAAUUGACUUAAAUGGAGCUGAAGAAUUAAUUGGAACAAUUCGAGAAGAUGAACAUUUAGUUAAUGUUUCCCCUCAAUUACGAAUAUUACAUGGAACUGGCCCAAUAUGUCGUUAUGAAUUAAAUUGGGCUGAUGAUUCUUUAACUGAGCCAAUUCCUUUUGAAGUUAAAAUACUUGAUGCAUCAGAAGGUUUAGCACAAAUUCGUCGUUUAAAUAUUCCUUCUUCCUCCUUUACUCCACUUGAUUGUGCUCAUCGUUCAGAUUAUUUGUUGAGGCUAGAAGCUGUCAAAUGUGGAGAUGAACCUCCAGCAAAGAGUGAAAUAACUAAAUUGAAAAUUAUUGUACAAGAUGUUAAUGACCAUUCCCCUGAAUUUGAUGCUCCUUGGUAUUCCUUCGAUGUAGAUGAAGGAAGGGAAGCACCUUUUGAGAUUGCUCGAUUAUUGGCUACUGAUUUAGAUUGUGGACAUCCUUAUGGAAAGAUUUGUCGUUAUGAACUAACAAAUACACUUUCGGACAAUCCAUUUCAUAUAGACGAUAGAGGAGUUCUUUCAGCUAUUCGUCCAUUAAAUCGUUCACAAGCACAAUCACAUAUUUUGACUGUUAUAGCUGAAGAUUGUGGAAUGCGACGUUCUAAAUCAGUACUUGUAACAGUCAAUAUUCGCCCAAAAUGUGUUGAUUCUAUUAAUUCUGUAACAGCAAAAAUUCCAAUUAAUUUUAUUCAAGGGGAUAAUCCAAAAUAUUUACUUCCAGAUGCUGAAAUAAAUAUUUGUGAUAAUUUAAACGAAAAAUGUCAGAUAGAAACUGAAUUAAAGAUUUUAUCAGAACAUCCAAAUUCUUUAAAUAAAGAAUUGUUUAAUGAAUGUGGAAUGGAUGAGGGACUAAUUGAAUUAUUGUCUGAAGAGAGUAAUUGGCCUGUUUUUAAAAAUAAAACAAAAAAAGAGGAAUCUUCAGAGGAAGAAGAUAAUGAGGAUGAGGAGGAGGAGGAUUUAAAUGAUAUUAAUGGAAAAGUAAAUGAAGACAAAAAUACUCUUUUUGAUGGAAAGAGGAGUAUUGAUAUUGUCGAAUCACGAUUACCACAAGCAAUUCCAGAAAGAUUUAGCCUUCUCUUUUCAAUGAAAGCCAAUCCUGGAACAGAAGAACAACAACGUUUAAAACAAAAUAUUCUUUGUGAAUCUGAUGCCAAUGGAUUAAAUAGACAUCAUUUUUCUGUUUAUUUACGUCAUUGCAAAUUGGAACUUUUACUUCGUAGAGAACCUGAAGAUGCUAGUGCAGAAUUUCGGGCUGCUGAGUGGCGCUGGAAUGAUGAACGUAUUUGUGACGGGAAUUGGCAUUCUUAUGGACUUUUGUUUAAUGAUUUGGAUAAUGUACAAUUAGUUAUUGAUGGAAAAGUUUUUAAUUCGACACAAAGAAAUCCAGAAAUUCUUGAUGAUUGGCCUUUACAUCAAGUUAAAGAUAAGAAAACUCGUCUCGUUAUUGGCGCCUGCUGGCAUGGCCGUCAAAAACAAAUGGUUCAACACUUUAAUGGACAUCUUGCCUCUAUGCGUAUUUGGAUUAAUCGUGUACAAAGCUUUGAGGCUGUAAAUUGUGUACAUGGGAAACAUGAAGGAUUAUUAAUUAAUGGAAAAAAUAAUAUCCAGUCUUCUUCCCUUCAUUUACAAGCACAAUCACCAACGGAAAUGGAACAUCUUUUACGUUCUGUACAAUUUAAUAUUGACCAAUUAUUUUCUGGAAAUACAAGAAUCUCCCCUUCCACAAAUCCUGGCAAACGAAAAAUUGAAAUUUCUGGAACUUUAAAAUGUCCAAAUGAUUUAAAUAAACCUCUAAUUCCAAUAUAUUCUAUUAUUGAUGUUAGUAAAGGACAAUUUCAUCCACAAUUAAUUAUUACUGGUAAACAUAUAGUUUUUGCUGACAGGCAAACUUUAAGAAAUGGAGCAGCUCUUUUACCUGAUGUUAAAAUUACUGUUACUGAAGGUAAUGUAGACAAAUCUUCCUUCCAUAAAUUAUCUUGGUGUCGAGUACACAUGCGCCCUGCUCGUGAUAUGGAUUUGGAACUAUUUUCCUCUCCAACCCUUCUCUUAGAAAAAUUAGAAUUGCAAUUUGUACAUGAUAAACAAGGAUUUGUUUUGAGAGGGGCUGAACACCCUUCUGCCUAUGCAGAAGUUUUGGAGCAUAUUAGAUAUUUUAAUUUACGUCCAGAAUCAUUCCCACAUCGCUCCUAUACUCUUCAGGCAAAUUUUUUAUUAAUUUUAACAAAAAAUUCUUUUAUUCUUGGGAUGAAAUGUUCUCUACUUGACGACAAAAUUCUUUCAAAUGAGCUCUUUACCACAAUGAGCAUUGACACCACUCCUGUGUCAGUAAAUAAUGGCAAAAAUAAUGAUGAACUUGACGAGGCUGUACAAAAAUUAGUUCAAAUUUCUGACAAAUUAGAUAAAGAUAUUUUGCCUAAAGAGAAGGGAGAAAAUAAUUUAAUUGAAGAAGAAUCUCCUUCUAUUGUUACUCAUCAUUUGGGAGGAGUUCCUAGUUACGACCAACUUGGAGCUAAUCGACUUCAAAAUAUUCUGGAAAUGGAUAUGCCUAGACCUAAGGCAUUGCUUGGACAUCAUAGUUAUGAAGUUGGUCAGGGAGCUGUUGCUGGUGGUGCCGUAGCUGUUGUUGUAGUUGUUUGUGUUGCUGUUCUGCUUGUACUUUUAGUAAUUGGAGUACUUAGAAUGCGAGACCAUCCACUUACAGCAAAACGGCGUCGUUCACGUCGUGAUUCUAUGUUGGAAUGGGAUGACAGUGGAUUAAUGAAUAUUACAGUAAAUCCGUUAGAAGAAAUUGGAGGGAAACAAUUUUCCGCCGAUGGACUUGAAUAUGAGGAGGAUGAUGAUGAAGACGAUGAUGAAGAUGAUGAUAGUGGUUCUGAAGAUGGAGGGGAAGGUUAUAGAGGAGUAGAGCAUAGUGAUGAUGAAGGUGGGGAUGAAGAGAAAUUAGUUUUGCCUCAUGCUGAUGAAGGGUCUCGUAAAGGAGUUGGUUUGGAAUGGGAUGACAGUACUUUAGAUGGACCUUCUUCUCCCGGACCUUCAACUAGUCACACAAAAAAGGGUGGAGCACAUCGAGUUUAA